CUGACGGGCACAUUCUCUGUUGGGAAGUAUCGACGAAGGAAAAUGCCUGAACCCGCAAAGUCCGCGCCCAAGAAGGGCUCCAAGAAAGCCGUGACUAAAACCGCCGGCAAGGGCGGCAAGAAGAAGAGAAAGACCAGGAAGGAGAGCUACGCCAUCUACGUGUACAAGGUGCUGAAGCAGGUGCACCCCGACACCGGCAUCUCCUCCAAGGCCAUGAGCAUCAUGAACUCGUUCGUCAACGACAUCUUCGAGCGCAUCGCCUCUGAGGCCUCCCGCCUGGCUCACUACAACAAGCGCUCCACCAUCACCUCCAGGGAGAUCCAGACCGCCGUGCGCCUCCUGCUGCCCGGUGAGCUGGCCAAGCACGCCGUGUCCGAGGGCACCAAGGCCGUGACCAAGUACACCAGCUCCAAGUAAACUGCAGCUCUGCUGCAUCCACCCAACGGCUCUUUUCAGAGCCACCCACUUCGUCUAAAGAGCACAUGUCCUGCUGUGACGCUCACUGGUCCUGCUAUAAACACAUGUUUAACACGUGUAUUGGGGCACAUGUACAACAGUUUCAAUAAACCGAGCAGCACUGA